AUGUCGCAGAUGCUGCACAUCGAGAUCCCCAACUUCGGGAACACCGUGCUCGGCUGCCUCAACGAGCAGCGGCUGCUGGGUCUCUACUGCGAUGUGUCCAUUGUGGUAAAGGGCCAGGCCUUCAAGGCCCACCGGGCCGUCCUGGCCGCCAGCAGCCUCUACUUCCGCGACCUGUUCAGCGGCAACAGCAAGAGCGCCUUCGAGCUGCCGGGCACGGUGCCGCCCGCCUGCUUCCAGCAGAUUCUGUCCUUCUGCUACACGGGCAGGCUGACCAUGGCGGCCAGCGAGCAGCUCGUGGUCAUGUACACGGCCGGCUUCCUGCAGAUCCAGCACAUCGUGGAGCGCGGCACCGACCUCAUGUUCAAGGUGAGCUCGCCCCACUGCGACUCGCAGACCGCCAUGAUCGAGGACGCCAGCUCCGAGCCCCAGAGCCCCUGCAACCAGCUGCAGCCAGCCGCCGCGCCCCCUUAUGUCGUGUCCCCCUCCGUGCCCAUCCCGCUGCUGACCCGCGUCAAGCACGAAGCCCUGGAGCUGCCUCUGGCCGCCGGCCCGGGCCUGGCCCCCAAGCGCCCUCUGGAGACGGGGCCCCGGGAUGGCGCGGCGGUGGCCGCCGGCCCGGCGGUGGCCGCGGGCACGGCCCCUCUCAAGCUGCCCCGCGUCUCCUACUACGGGGUGCCCAGCCUGGCCACCCUCAUCCCCAGCAUCCAGCAGGCGCCGUACGCCCAGGGGGAGCGGACCAGCCCCGGGGCCAGCAGCCUGCCCACCACGGACAGCCCCACCUCCUACCACAACGAGGAGGAUGAGGAGGACGACGAGGCCUACGACACCAUGGUGGAGGAGCAGUACAGCCAGAUGUACAUCAAGGCCACGGGCAGCUAUGCAGUACAAGAGAAGCCGGAGCCGGUGCCACUGGAGAGCCGCUCCUGCGUCCUGAUCCGCCGCGACCUGGUGGCCCUGCCCGCCAGCCUCAUCAGCCAGAUCGGGUACCGCUGCCACCCCAAGCUCUACUCUGAGGGGGACCCUGGCGAGAAGCUGGAGCUAGUGGCAGGCUCCGGCGUCUACAUCACGCGUGGGCAGCUCAUGAACUGCCACCUGUGUGCAGGGGUGAAGCACAAGGUUCUGCUGCGCCGCCUCCUCGCCACCUUCUUCGACAGGAACACGCUGGCCAACAGCUGUGGCACAGGCAUCCGUUCAUCCACCAGCGACCCGAGCCGCAAGCCGCUGGACAGCCGUGUCCUGAAUGCUGUGAAACUGUACUGUCAGAACUUCGCCCCCAGCUUCAAGGAGAGUGAGAUGAAUGUCAUUGCUGCGGACAUGUGCACCAACGCCCGCCGCGUGCGCAAGCGCUGGCUACCCAAGAUCAAGUCCAUGCUGCCCGAGGGCGUGGAGAUGUACCGCACGGUCAUGGGUUCCUCGGCAGCCAGCGCACCCCUGGACCCCGAGUUCCCGCCCGCCGCCGCACAGGUGUUCGAGCAGCGCAUCUAUGCUGAGAGGCGGGGCGAGGCUGCCGCCAUCGUGGCCCUGAGAACUGACGCCGUGAACGUCGACCUGGCCGCCUCCGCCAACCCGGCCUUUGAGGCCGGCGAGGAGGCCGACGGGGCCGGCUCGGUCAUCCAGGAGGUGGCCGCGCCCGAGCCGCUGCCCGCCGACGGCCAGAGCCCCCCGCAGCCCUUCGAGCAGGGCAGCGCCAGCAGCAGCCGGCCCGCCACGCCGGCCCCGGGGAGGAGACCGGAAGGCCCGUACGCGGGGCCCUUGUAG